GUCAGGUUGUUGUUUAUGAAUUUUUCCUCCAUCAGCACGAGUAAGACGACAUGCUCUUCUUCGUUCUCCUUGGGAGUAUUUGAAGAACAUCUGCACGAGCAAAGUCGCAUGUGUAAAGUAAAGGACAGUAAUAGUAAUACGCUGGUCGCAAUCUUUCUCUGGCUUUCAGCUGUCAGGAAACAGUGGCCGAAUAAUUUAUUGACAGAGUUUGAAUGAUCUGAGAGACUUUACUGGACUGUGCAAGUGGAAACGUAAAACAUUAAAUUUUGUUUGACAACUACUACGCAUUGUAGGAGAGCUAGAGUGGUACUUUUUCCUGGUCUCGUUUUCGUCAUUCUAAAAUCUUCCGGAUUUGCGCAGAGUGCUGUGAUAGUGAUACUCUUGAAAGUGUGCCCUGUCCUACUUGCAUGCCACAUUGCGUGGUUCAACACUCGCGAUGGCCGAGGACAAGCCAGAGAGGUCGAGAGCAGCGAAUGUUGUCGAUGGCAAAGGGAGUGAAGGCGAAGACAGCAGUAGCAGCGGUGUCCUUCUCGACAUGUCAUUGUUGAAGCAGACAGAGAACUGGGACUGUGGAAUUGCAUGCUGUGCCAUGGCUCUCCGUUACUACGGUCAGGAUGUUAGCCUGAAGACGCUGAAGGUGCAGAGUUUCGACAUUGGCAUGACCAAGAGUACAUGGACUGUUGAGCUAUGCUAUCUACUGCACCUGAAUAGUGUGAGAAAUCGCUAUCACACCAGCAGCAUUUGUGUCAACCCGGAGCUCGGAAAGGAGGACUACUACGCAAAGAGCUUUGUGGAUGACACUGCCCGAAUCAACAAGCUGUUUGAUCGGGUGAACGAGCUCGGCCUGCAAGUAUCACAAAGGGAGCCCCCGCUGGAGGACUUGGUAGCCCACCUGGACCAGUGCAGACCUCUUAUUGUGCUGGUCAAUGCCAUGCUUCUUACCUGCAAACACUGUGCGGCAUCUGAGUGUGCACACUCUGCCGAUAGCAGAUCAACAGCUCCGUAUCUCGGUCACUACAUAGUGGUCAUUGGAUGUGACCAGUCAAACGAUGUCAUACACUAUCUUGAUCCAUCGCCACGCAGAUGCAAUCACCCUUGCUCCAUCACGGUCAAGAUCUUCGAAGAAGCGAGAGCAGCAUUCGGGACCGAUCUUGACACAAUCUUUCUCGACGGUUGCUUGGCAUCGGUGCCCUGACAAACCAUCUGCACUCGGCAAACACAAACGACAUCUGCCUUGCACUGGACUCACCCAAUCGUCAAAAGAGCGACAACUAGGGUUAGUGGUUGUCUGACCUCGCUUUGUUUUGAUAAAUUCGUCGGCAUCCUCUGCUGCUAUGUGCCUAUGUAGCUAGCUGUACCCUCAACGUCUUGCUGGUCACAGUUCACCUGGAGCUCUGAUAUUAUCCACAGCAUGUGCGCAGCUAUGAUGUCAUCCAUAGUAUGCAGCUGUGAUAUCACCCACACCCUGUGUGCACCUUUGACAUCAGCCACAGCAUGCAUGCAGCUAUGACAUCAUCCACAGCAUACGUGCAGCUAUCACAUUGCCCACAGCUUGUGUGUGCAGCUAUGACGUCAGCCACAGCAUGCGUGCAGCUAUGAUAUCAGCCACAGCAUGCGUGCAGCUAUGAUAUCGGCAAAUGCAUGCCGGGAGCACGGCCCUUGGUACACCAGACUCCAGACAGUUUGCGCCCGUCAUGCUUGGCAACUUCUUAGCUCAGUGUACACUGGACAAGAUCUCUAAAAGCACUUGCCAUCGUCCUCCCAAUGGCCAUUGCGACUUGCACUGUUCGUUGUGAAAUGGCAGCGUUGAUAUCGGACUAGAACCCUGGUUCUGUGCUUGCCUGUGAGCUUGUUUCCACCUUUGCAGCAGCGGACGUGCACAGCUCUGCAUUGAAUUUGUUGUGCUUUGCUAUGUCUCCUUGACUGAACGUCUCUCAAUUUGGCUGGCCGUUUACGGCGUCGUAGUCAAGUUGUGUUUGGUGCGCAGCCCCAUCCAGUCUGAGUCAAAAACAGUUCGGGUCAAUGCCGUCGGGUGUGGACUCGCCUCGUACCAUCAUUCCAUCAAACCUAUGAUGCCAUUGGCCCACCUGAUGAUGUCACUGGCCCAACCGAUGAUGUCACUGGCCCAGCCGAUGAUGUCACUGGCCCAAAUGAUGAUGUCAUCCGUAUGAGUGGCUGGAACAUGUUUGCAGUGUGGAUGACAGCAGCAGCAGCACUGCUACAUGGAUGCACACCACGUCCACCACCGCCUCAAGCAAACACUGUGUAGAGAGUAUUACUACACCAAUUACCAUUACAAUCAGCACAACCAUACAGUUUAGUUAGCGGUGUAUGAUGCCGAUACGCUCAUACAUCGGUUGUCCGGACACCGACGUUACGGGGACACUUCGGUCUACCGAACACCCUUUGGGCGAAUUUCAGUGGAAAUAUGACCAAUCUUUUGUCACUUUUUGUGGAAAUAGUGACGCCGCAUGCUAUAUCUAUGGCCUAUCCCCAUCAAAAUGUGCGUGAUUCGGAGUUCCAUCACUUUGACUCCAUACCCAGUUUGCAUUUAUGGUUAACAUGAUUGUGCUUGGCUGUUUCUGCUGUUGGCAUGAGAGGAUUGCAAAUUCGUGUGCUGAUGCCGAUGGCGAUUAGCCUGCACCCGUGGAGUUUGCCUGGAGUGGUGUGUGCGCCCUCCUUGUCUUUGA